CGACGGAAUACAUACGGAAACGUCUGUCGGUAUUCUGGGAAUCCCUUAGCUUGGCAUCAGAUCGCUCUCAUAUAGGACGCUAGAGGUUGCCAACCGUUCUGUCGGGAUUCCAAGAGAUAAUCCAUCAACCCGAUUGAAUAUUAUUCACCCUCCGCCCUUCAUCACUUAGUCGUGUUCAGACGACAUGGAGGAGAAGCCAUCUUCCCUCGAGCCCUCGCAUACUGAGAAGACGACCGAUGAGACGAGCAACGAAAGCAUCCGCUCAGAUGACGACUUCAACUUUACCUUCGGAAAAUUCCUAGCUAUACUUUCGUUCCAACUAGGGUACUUUGCGGACCUCCUCGUCUUGACUGGCACAUCUGCCGUUCUCUCUGUUAUCAACCGCGAUAUCGGCCCGUCCGCAAGUUACUCCUGGAUCGCUACGUCGCAGAUCGUAGGCGCUGCAGCUCUGGCACCCGUCUGUGGACGUUUCGGCGACAUCUUUGGUCGGCGAAAUAUUCUUUUCGUGGGAAACGUUUUCGGCAUUAUCGGGGCCAUUGUGGCGGCCACGUCGAAAGAUGUCAAUACCAUGAUUGCAGGAGGCACAUUCUUGGGGAUGGCUAAUGCCAUGCAUCAGGUAGCCUGGGCGUGCUUAGGAGAGGUUGUUCCGAAACGCUCUCGAGGAUUUGCCUUUGGCUUCUUCGAGUCUAGCAUUGCAUGUGGAACUGUAAUUGGCCCACUUAUCGGCUGGGGGUUCGUUCAGAACGGGUCAUGGCGACCGCUCUUCUGGCUCACAUUUGCGCUCAACGCUACCGCCUUGAUCUUGGUCUUCUUCUUCUAUCAUCCAAUUAAUCAGUAUAUUCACGAAGAAGGAAAGACAACCAUCGAUCAGCUCAAGGAGACGGACUUCAUCGGAACGUUCUUGUACAUUGCAGGAAUCGUGCUAUUUCUCUGGGGCAUCUCGGUCGGAGGUUCACUCUACGCAUGGAAGUCCGCCGGCGCCUUGGCUCCACUGCUCAUCGGUUUCUUCCUCGUGGUCGCGAUGGGCUUCUACGAAGCGUACGGAAGGAUCCACUGGCCUAUCUUUCCGCCUAUCAUCUUCCGUAACGUUCGUGGCGUCACUGUGAUCCUCGCGGGAGUCUUCAUAUACGGGAUCCUAUUUUACGGAACCGCCGUCAUCUGGCCACAGCAAGUCGUCGCUCUCUACGCAAAGUCCAACAUGCAAAACGGGUGGUAUUCAACCGCGUCUGGCUUCGGAGGCCUCUGCACGAGUCCGAUAUACGGCUGGUCGAUGCGCAAGUUCGGCCAUGUACGGUGGCAGCUCACUUUCAUCAUCGCUGCCCUCUCGCUGCUGUCCGGAUGCCAGGCUACCGUGACGCCAGAGAGUCACGUCGCGUCAACGGCUCUCGUCUUCCUUGUCUACUCCUUCGUUGCCGGCACUUCCAUCCUGACCGCCGCUAUGGUGCAGCUCAACGUCGAGCACGAGUUCAUCGGUGUCGCGACCGGCGUCAUGAUCUGCGUCCGCACCGUUGGAGGCGCCGUCGGCUCCACCAUCUACGUCUCCAUCCUGCAGAACAAACUCACGGACAACAUCCCCAAAGACGUUGGCAUGCCGCUGGCGCUAGGUGGUGUCCCCCCAGCGAAUAUCCCCGCGGUCAUCGAGGCAUUGACGUCUGGCAACGUGGCGAGCCCGGCACUCUCAACAGUGAAGCCUCAGACGCUGAUGCUAGCUGUGGCAGGGCUGAAGCAAGCCUUUGCGAGCUCGUUCAAGAUCGUGUACCUAACCACCAUCGCAUUCGGCGCGGUGGGAGUCGUGAUUGUGGCGUUUGCGUCGGAUGUGGAUCACCUGAUGACGCGGAAGAUUGAGAUUAGGCUCGAGGAGGGCGCGAUCAUUCAUGGGCAUACGGAUACGGGGGCUGGGCACAUUAUUCGGCAUCAAGAGAAGAAAUUAGAGGAGGCUUGAACUGAGAGUAAUAAGAAAGUUUAGACGGUAGUGUUAUAUCUACUAGUUAAUCAUGAAUGAAACAUGCGGGUC